AGAGCUGGUUUGUUGAUCGAGAGAACGGAGAUGGAGAGAAAGACGAAAGAGAUGGAGAAGUUGUGCCGGAGGUGCAAGGCAAGCUACAGAGAUUCCUCGAACAAUGCUUCCUCUUGCCGUUUUCAUCCUUCCUUCUUCGUUUGUCGUCGCCACGAUGACCAGAAAAGGUACUAUGAAUUGGGACCAGAAGAUCCACCAUACGCAGCCAAGUUCUACGAUUGUUGCGGGGCAGAGGAUCCUAAUGCACCUGGUUGUCUCACCAGUCCUCACAUUUCAUAUGACGACUGAUUUUGUGACUCAAGUCUCUCUCUCUCUCUCACAAGCCUGUGUUUUUUUUUCUUUCUAUAAACAUCAUGUAAAUAAUCUCAUGUACCAUAGUAGUGUUCAUCUCGUGGAAUGGAAUAAUUGGCUUGUGGUC